AUGGAGACGGAUAACGGCGAAGAGUUGAAAGAGCCUGCUGAUUACUUUCGCAUAAAGCUCGGGCAGCUUGCUAAAAAUCUGUGCCAGCAGCUUCGCGAACGUACUGGCAUGCAAGGUUUCGGGUCAUUUAGAAUCUUCAAUCGGUCGGCCAGCAGCUCCGCGAGCCAGCUUCGCAAGCACGCUGGCUAUGUUGAGUGGUCUUACGGCUCGGAGAGCUUGCUAGACAUUCAAGGUUUUGGGUCACCCAGACCUUUCGAUCGGUCGGCCAGCAGUUCCGCGAGUAUACUAGCUACAUUGAAUGAUCAUACGGCUCGGAAAAGCCUGCCGGAGAUAUCGGACAUUCAGGGUUUUAUCGGAUCACUUAUCACGGUACAGGCCUACUGUAAAGCCAUCGAUCGGCCAGCUGCUCCGCGAGCAUCACCCGGAACCGUAUCUGCGAGUCUGCUAUCCGCUCCGUAUGAGGAUUUGUUGUUGUUAUAUUUAUUAACGUCGGGCGGGUAUCCAAAACGCAAUCCUUGGACCUUAGGGACCUCUUAUAAGAUCGUAGUCGGCGUAGUAUUCGAGAAGAAGGAGGAGGGAGGUUCGGAAUCGCCGAUAAAAGAAGAUCUUUUCGAAGAGGCGUCGCAUAUUGAUGAUUCUGUUGGUAUAUCCAUAUCGACCUUAGGUAGCUAG